CUUCCAGACUUCAGAUGUUCCUCAUUGGAUUAGAACUAUCAACAACAGAUACAUUCCACUGUAAGUUAGGGUGGACCUAUAUGAUUCCUUUAUUCCUGGGGUUGUCAUAUCAUGGCUGAAAAUGACAGAGAUGGAAACCAAACCAAGAAACUCCUAAAAAGAGUACAAGAACUGGAGCAGGAGGUACAGAGACUUAAAAAGGAACAGGCCAACACCAAGGACUCAAAUGUUAGAGAAAAUUCAUCAGGAGGCGGAAAAGCUAAGCGUGCAUUUGAUUUCAGAGCUCAUGGCCAAAGACAUAUAGCCCUAAAAAUAGCCUAUCUUGGCUGGGGAUACCAGGGCUUUGCUAGUCAGGAAAACACAAAUAAUACCAUUGAAGAGAAACUGUUUGAGGCUCUAACCAAGACUCGACUAGUAGAAAGCAGACAGACAUCCAACUAUCACCGAUGUGGGCGAACAGACAAAGGAGUUAGUGCCUUUGGACAGGUGAUUUCUCUUGACCUUCGUUCUCAGUUUCCAAGGGGCAGGGAUUCAGAGGAUUUUUAUUUAAAAGAUGAAGCUAGCAAUGCUGCAAAAGAGAUCCGAUAUACCCACAUUCUCAAUCGAGUACUCCCUCCAGACAUCCGUAUACUGGCCUGGGCCCCUGUAGAACCUAGCUUCAGUGCUAGGUUCAGCUGUCUUGAGCGGACUUACCGCUAUUUUUUCCCUCGUGCUGAUUUAGAUAUUGAAACCAUGAAUUAUGCAGCUCAAAAGUAUGUUGGCACCCAUGAUUUCAGGAACUUGUGUAAAAUGGAUGUAGCCAAUGGAGUGAUUAACUUUCAGAGGACUAUUCUGUCUGCUCAAGUACAGCUAGUGGGCCAUAGCCUGGGUGAGGAAAGAUGGCAAGAACCUUUUCAGUUAUGUCAAUUUGAAGUGACUGGCCAGGCGUUCCUUUAUCAUCAAGUCCGCUGUAUGAUGGCUAUCCUCUUUCUGAUUGGCCAAGGAAUGGAGAAGCCAGAGAUUAUUGAUGAGCUGCUGAACAUAGAGAAAAAUCCCCAGAAACCUCAAUAUAGUAUGGCUGUAGAAUUUCCUCUAGUCUUGUAUGACUGUAAGUUUGAAAAUAUCAAGUGGAUCUAUGACCCAGAGGUUCAGGAGUUCAAUGUUACCCACCUCCAACAGCUAUGGGCUGACCAUGCUGUCAAGACUCACAUGUUGUAUAGUAUGCUACAAGGACUGGACUCUGUUGCAAUACCCUGUGGAACAGGGCCAAAGAUGGAUGGAAUGAUAGAAUGGAGAAAUGUUAAGCCCUCUGUCGUAAAGCAGACCAGUGCCUUUGUAGAAGGAGUGAAAAUGCGCACAUAUAAGCCCCUGAUGGAUCGUCCUAAAUGCCAAGGAUUGGAAUCCCGGAUCCAGCAUUUUGUACGUAGGGGACGCAUCGAGCACCCACAUUUAUUCCAUGAGGAAGAAAUAAAAGCCAAAAGGGACUGUAAUGACACACUGGAGGAAGAGAAUACUAUUUUGGAGACACCAACAAAGAGGGUCUGUGUUGAUAUGGGAAUAAAAAACAUCACUUAACCACAAACAACUUACCAGGAUCUAAGAACCAACAACCAACUAGUGGUAGGUAGAUAGAAAAGAAAUAAAAAAAAAUAUUUACUGUAAGAAGUACUAGAAAUUCAGAUGAUCAGCUAAGACUUUAAGGUCCUAUUAAGGAAGAUUUUGCUUUAACAAGACAGAGUUCAAACGUUAUCUCAUCCUUGUCUAAAAGGAUUAAGAGAUGAAAGAAGCAAAAAACAAUUGUAAAAUGGAGAUGUACUUAUUUAUGUACACCUGGAAAUCUGUGCCUUGUGUUCAAACUCAUCAAAGCCUAAUACUGCAAGU